AUGACGAUCCGAAAAUCACCUCACUCCUCCUCAAGAAGACCCAAAAAAAUAGCAGAGGCAAGCCGAGCUGCACGGGACGAUCCAACCAUACCUUAUCGCAACCGAGACCCAUUCAAGCCUGAUCGGAACCGAGCCAAAGAGCACUCCUACGUAUUUCUCUCCCUUUCUUCAUUCGUCACUGCAGGAUAUAUACUACUCGGAAUAAGAUCAGUGGAGGAUGGUUUGGUUAAAUUCAACGGCCAACAAGUUAUCGACAGUCCAUUGCAGGUUGGUUUCCUGGAUCAGUUUGACUGCAUGUUAAGGCACGCAAUCUUCAAGGACCCCAGAACUGGACAGCUACUGCCAGCUAUUAUGGACGGUUUACUCAAGUUGGAACCCUGA